AAGCAGGGCGGGGCGGAGGGGAUGGAGCAACCGUAUAACAUCUCGUCCCGCCUAUCAAACGGAAGAAAGACCACCCCGUGCUGGACAGAUCGGUACGGAAUUCCUGAAAAGGCUCGUGUUUUACCAUUGCUAGCCAAGAUAAAACGAGACAUCGAGCUUUCCUCUCUAAAACUCGCCGAUUUAACCUGCUCCGUUACCUGAUUCAGCUCUGACUCGGUCCCCAAUUCAAACAAAAAGGAAAAAUGCAAAACGCUGGCAAACUCGCUAUGGUUUUAGGAACCCGAACAGUUCUUCUCAAUUCAUAUCACCGAUUCCUCUCCUCCUUCACUCAAAUCAACUCAUCUCCCCUCUCUUCUCUUCAAUGCCAACUUCACACCGACGCUUCCUCAGGGAUGUGGAGAGGCAGUAAUUUUCCAAUGCAACAGCAUCUUGUUCAAUCGACGAUGUCAAGGACAUAUUUUCCUACGGAAGCGGGAACUCCGAAUGCCAAUCAUGCCGAAAUCUUGAUUACUGUUGGAUAGCUGUCCCUGCAGGAAGACGUAUGGCUGCCAUUUCCACUGCUGAUGCUUGUGAUUCAAAUGCAGCACUUUUGUUGAGUGGUAGCCUGCGUGCUCUAGAACCAAUCUUCAAGAUCUAUGGCCAGUGUCGCGCAUUCUCAGGACCCAUUGUAACCCUUAAGGUUUUUGAGGACAAUGUGUUGGUCAGGCAGCCUCUUGAAACCAGAGGUGAAGGAAGAGUGUUGGUUAUAGAUGGCGGGGGAAGCACAAGAUGUGCUUUGGUCGGAGGGAAUUUGGUACAGUCAGCUCAAAACAUGGGGUGGGCUGGUAUUGUUGUGAAUGGCUGUGUGAGAGACGUGGAUGAGAUUAAUGCAUGUGAUAUAGGGGUUCGAGCACUGGGAUCUAAUCCCUCGAAAUCAAACAAGAAGGCUGUUGGUGACAAGCAUGUCCUGAUUCGCAUUGCAGGAACCUUGAUCCAUGAUGGGGAAUGGCUGUAUGCUGAUAGCGAUGGCAUUCUUAUCUCGAAAACAGAACUAUCUGUCUAAUGCAGCAGUUACCGAGCCAAUAAGGGGAUGGAGUUCUUAGUCACUGGCAUCAUCCUAAUUGUCAGUCGGAUAGGAAGAUUUUCUUGUUUAAGCAUAUUUUAACUUUGGGAUAAAAAUACAGUUGUGUAUUCUUGAAAGAUGAAUGUGCAAGGUUAAUUGAAGUUUGAGUUCUUGAUUACUUUGCUGCUAAGGUUUCAAGUUUCCCUUAUUGUGACAGAGAUUAUGCAAAAUAAAUGGAAAGUAUAAUACUCCCUUUUCUUUUC